AUGCUUUCCUCCUCGCUUUCCCUCAGCGCUGGUUCGCUGUUCCUUGCUUUGCUCGCCUCGCCAGUCGCGGCGGCUUCCGAGAGUUACUCACUGGUUGAGAACUGGCACGGCGAGAGUUUCUUGGACUACUUCAACUUCCACGUUGGCUCCGAUCCUACCAAUGGAUUCGUCACAUAUCUCGACAAGACUAGCGCAGAGAGCGCAGGCCUCGUGAAGGUUAAUGACGACGGCAGUUUUUAUAUUGGCGUCGACCACAACACAACACUUUCAACAACUGACCAGGGCCGUGACUCUGUUCGCAUCGGCAGUAAGAAGUACUAUGACCACUCCCUGGUGAUUGCUGAUAUUUCCCACAUGCCGGGAAGCAUCUGUGGUAGCUGGCCUGCCUUUUGGUCUGUGGGUAAGAACUGGCCAUCGGAUGGCGAGAUUGAUAUCAUCGAGGGCGUCAACCUGCAGGAUCACAACGAAAUCGUUAUGCACACCGCCGGUACUUGCAGUAUCACCGACACGGGUAUGACUGGCUCUGUCAAUGCUACUGGCUGUGGUGAGGAUCUGGGCACCGUUGGCUGCGUGAUCGAGGGCCAACAGGGUAGCUACGGUACUUCAUUCAACAAGCAGGGCGGCGGUGUCUACGCUAUGCAGUGGACCGAGCAAUUCGUCAAGAUCUGGUUCUUCCCCCGCGCUUCCAUCCCUACUUCCAUCACCAAGGGUGCCCCCGACGUUUCCCAGUUCGGCACUCCCAUGGCCCUCGUGGAGGAUGGCUGUGAUGUUGCCACCAGCUUCAAGGCUCAAUCGUUCGUGUUUGACAUUACUUUCUGUGGUGACUGGGCCGGUGGUGUUUACGGCCAGUCCGGAUGCCCUAUGUCCGGCUCGGAUUCCUCGCAGAGCUGCAUCAGCUACGUCGCCAAGAACCCCGCCGCAUUCGAGCAGACCUACUGGGAGAUCAAAUCUGUCAAGAUUUACCAGACUGGAGUCGCUGCCAAGACGGUUGCCUCUACCUCGCACUCUACGAGCUCCACUCAUGGCACCGCUGCCCAGGCCGUGACCGAAGCCUCUGCUACUCAGGCUGCCCCUGAAACCACUGCCCAGACCUCCGCCGCCGUGGUGGAGACCGCUGCCUCUGCUGCUUCUACCUCCACUGAAUCUAGGGCUGCUGCCGUCACUGCCGGCACUGUUGGCGAGCUGGGUAGUGAUGUCUCCUCUGCCGGUGAGCAGACCACGAAGAGCGCCACCACGCGAUAUGUCACCGAGUUUGUCACUUCCACCACAACACUUUGCCCAGUCGCUGAGGCCUCCGCUUCUUCUUCUGCUGCAGCUGUAGAGAGUAAGGCUCUCGCUGCCUCGUCUUCUGAUAACUCCAAUGUUGCAAAUGUCCCCGCCACUGCCGCGUCCGCCAAUUCAGAACCUUCGUCUGCUACAAACUCUGUCCAGGAGGUUCAAACUCAACCUGCAGUCGAGGCCUCUGCCGCUUCAACUCCCGUUGCCGCUUCCGUCUCGCAGGCCGUGAGCAGCCAGACAUCCAGCCAACUGACCGAUGCCGAUGCUGCAUCAAGCAGCGCGCCCGCAAGCGUGGCCUCAACGGAUGGCCCACUCCCAACCAUCAUCAUGGCCCCUGGAAUGACCGCUGCAUCAGCUAGCGCUCGGAUUACUUCCAAGCCGUAUCAAACCAGCUCCGCCAAUGCUAUUGCUACUGCCGCCUCUGCGGCCUCGGGCAGCACUUUCCAGGGAAGCACCAGCAGUGCUGUCAGCCCUGUCUUUACUGGUGCUGCCGAGAAGGCUUCUGUGAAGUUCUCGACAAUUAUUGCAGCAUUCCUUGUCGCCCUGAUGGCUUAA